AUGAAACUAAAUGUAAGAAAUCUUAUUAAUUAGUUAAUUUAUGCUCUUAAGUUAAUCCUGAGUUUGUUGGAGACUGCAUUAACAACAUCCAUAACUAUCUACACAUUAGUCUUUAAUAAUGUCUCACCUAAAAUUGUGGCUACAAUUCUUAUUAUGAAAAAUGUGGCAUAACCAACUCUAAAAUUAGAAAUUGUAUUGAUGUUCCUGAAUCAGAUUGCUACUAGAAAAAUGGUGGUAGAGAAUUCAAAGCUAAUGUAGAUAAAUGCACAGCUUAAAACUAUUUUGACUAAUGUGGUACCAUAAAUCCUUCAUACAAAGAAUAUGUAUUUAGAUGUUAAUAAUUAAACAUACUUUCCUGCUAUUAAACUAGUCUUCCUAAUGCUUCUUAAACAAUCCAAGAACUAUUCAAAUGCUCCUCUCAAAUAUUAAAGUUAUUUUUAGCUGCCUUAAUGGUAGUUUUAAUGCUUUGAGCCAGUUUAAUUCCUAAUAAUAAAGUUUAAUUCAUUCUAAUUUAUGUAAAUAAAAUGUUUAAUUUUAUAAAUUAUGUUUAAUUCUAAAAUAUUUUGUAUAAAUUAAAAAGUAUAUUAGUACUAAUCUAUUAAAAUCAAGACAAAUUUAUAUGCAAAAAAAUAUUUGGAUAUUGAUUAAAGAAGCAAAAAAAAUUAACAAUCAAUCCUUUAACUUGGAAAAGCUAAUAAAUAAGAAAAAAAUUAUAAUAACUAACUAAUAAAAACAAAAAUCUAAAAAAGUUUCUUUUAACAUUUUUCCUUAAAUUUAUCUUAAUUUUUAGUCAUUAUUUUUACAUAUUGUUGA